AAGCCGCCCUCCUUCUCCUCCGUCGGCGCCAGCAUGAGUUCCGGUUCGGGCGGAUCCACCAAGUACAUGCUGGGCGGCUCCUCGGCGCCCAUCCACCACCCGACCCGCUACAGCGUCAUGGGCAUGGGCAGAGUGCUGGACCCAUCGCGCCUCAGCCACGCCCUCCGCACCCCGACGCCUGAGGCCUCCCGCUACGAGCCCAACUUCAUGCUGGGUCCCGCCACCGCCCACGACUACCCCGCUACGACGACCUCCCCCUCCCUCCUCCGUCGCCCUCCCGCCGCCACGCCCUCCAGCCGCCGCAUGCGCCCGCCCUCGCCCAAGCCGCACUGGCGCUCCGAGUCCCGCUACAUGUCGCGCCCGAAGCUCAACUCCGACAAGAAGCACGAAGCCCGCUACAUGCUCCACCCGCCCACGCCCGAAUUGCCCAGGACCUUCGAGAACAAGUACGGGUCCUCGGGCAUGGAGAAGGGCGUCGGGGAGAAGGACCUGGGCACGGGGUCGGGCCUCUACGACACCUACUGGCACAUCCCGAGGGCGACGCUGUGGUGCUCGCACAAGGGAUGCGUCUACGACUCGCAGCCCUGCAAGGAAUGCCAGUGGAAGCAAGACGACUGCUCCUCGACCUGCUCCUCGGUGAACCCUCCCCCAACCUUCACGGCUCUCGACAAGUACCAGCCGGUCCGCCCUCGACCCAAGUGCCACCAGUGCAGCUGCGGGAUCAUCUUCGCCAUCACCACCGUCUUCUCGCUGCUGGUUCUCCUUCUCAUCACGGGCUUUAUUCUCUAUAUCGAAAUGGUCCUGAAAUACCAGAGAGACAACGUGAAGGACCGGAUGUAAACAACCGCCUCCAAGCGCCGUCUCAGCGUCGGUUACCAUGGCAACGGCAGCGACAUGCCCUUGGCCAUGAACGAAAGUCAUGAAUAAGAAGCAAUCGGAGAAUUUCUUCUUCUCCUCCCCCUUCCCCCCUCUCCCAUAUACCAAAGACUUCUUUGUCUCACCAAAACAUGUUCUUCAAGUGCAUGGCAGGCUGCCAUGCACUCGAGGCUGGCAUAGAUUCGUAUCCAUAACUGAUUUAACUUUUUUUUUAAUUCAAAUUAUCGGUUAUAAAAUUCGCGUAAGAAUGUGUUAACGGAUAUCAUUAUUUUUUCGAUAAUUCGUAACGAGGAAUAUAAAUCACUUAUGGAAAGAUAAUGCCACAUUAUACACAAUAUUGUUAUCAUAUCUUUUAUACGUAUUAUUGUUUAUCCUGUUUAUCCCUCUUUUUUAUACACUGAUGACUAAAAUUUAGUCAUAUUAGUAGUAUUCACUUGAAUUCACUGGAUGAAUUCACGAGAAGAAAAUAUAGAUAUAAAUAUAUAUACAGUAUAUUUCUAACUUUGCUCUUGUAUCAGAGCUAAUAAGAAUAACACUAUGUCUUUCAAGGUAUAUGAGCUUACUAACAAUGAAUAUUCUUUGAUGCAAGUGUAUUUUGUGUCAAGUUUUGAAUAGGAAUAUGUUAAUCAUCUGCAUUAUUUCGAACAUAUAAAAAAGAUCUCUCGUAAAGUGAAAUGGGAAAUUCCUGGUCUCGAUUCCUCAUAAUUGAAUAAUUUGAUAGUGACAGAAAAUAUAUUUGGAUAGAAUCACGAUUAAUAAAAGCAAGCUGCAGUUAUGUUUAAGUAGCUUAUGUUGCAAGUAUUUCUGCAGGUUAAUUCUAAAUUAAGCAUACUUAAUAUUAAAAAGAAAAGAAAAAA